AUGAAGAAAAUAUUUGAUUCUGAAAAAGGUUUUGCACAAACUCCUAGAAUGUUAAAACCAAUCAAUAAUUCUUUUAGAUAAGGAAGUUAUGAUAAAUAUGAGUAAUAAAAGUAAGAAUUGAGUAAUUUAGAUAUUAGCAAUUGAUUAAUCAGAUUAGUGUGAGAUUUCCAUCGGUUAAGGAGAAGGUUUAACAUUAUUUUUUUUUAUUGGGAAUGUUUGAUGAUAUCAGGGUUGAUACAAUAACUAGUUAAUUUGUUAAGAUAAUGCAAAGUUGUUUGAAAUAUUUUGAUGAAUUAUAAUGUAAAAUAUAGGAUCUUGAAGAUUAAUAUAGUAAAUAUAAAGAGGAUAAAGAAUUGAAGUUAAAAGAAUAUACAUAAUUAUUAUUGGAAAAGGAUUAAAUAAAAUAAAGUAAGUUAACAAUUCAAGAUAAAAAUUAAUAUGUAUUACGAAAUUUAUAACUCUAAAGAACAGUAGAGAUUUUGAGUAAUAAUCUAAAAGAAAUAAAGGAUAAAGAAAGUGUAAUAAAACCAUUAAUAAAAAAACAGAUUUAAGAAUAAACAUAAAUAAUUGAAGAAUAAUAAGUAAUAUAAACAGAAAAUGAUUAAAUAGUAAUGGAAUUGAAAUAAUAAUUGAUUUUUGCAAAAAGAUAGGAUAAAAUGUAAAUUAGUAUAAUAAAAGAAUUGUAAAUGUAAGUUUAAGUUUAGGAAGAUUAAAUAAAAAAUUAUUAAUUUGAAGUUUAAUGUUUAAAAGAAUAAAAAUAAAAAUAUUAUGAAUUAUUUUAAAUGUCAAAAGAAGAUUUAAUUAGUUAUAAAUAUUCUAUUUUAUAAAAACUUAAUAAAAUAACUUUAUUUGAAGAUAUAAUAAAAGUAUUAUAAAAUAGAAUAGAUCAUUUAACUGUGAAAAGAAGUAAAGAAAUAGAACCUCCAUUUUAGAGUAGAAUGGAUUAUGAAGAAGUUUAAAUUGCAUAAAUAACAAAACCAUUAGAAUCUGAAUAAGCAUUUUUUAGAUAUCUAGUAUCAUCUUCAUUAGAUUAGAAUAAUAAAAAUUCUUAAAUUAAAUAAGAAGAUCAAUUUGAUAUCUCAUUAUUAAGAUUUAAUUAUCCUCAUUUUUCUUUGUUUUUAGAUAAAUCCACUCUUGAUAUAUUAUCUCAUUAAAUAGAGAAUUAAUAAAUGUCUGCAAAUUUCAUGGGUACUCUUAGAGCAAUAAUGGAUGGUAUGUAUUAGGAAAUGUAAAAAGAGUAUUCUAUGUCUUUUCAAUCCUAUGUAUUUUCAUGGUUGAGUACUUUUUGUUUAGAAAAACAUGAAAUAUAAAUAAUUCCUAAAGACAAUAAACUCUUGGCUUAAGAAUAUAUUAAUAGAUUUUAUAUUUAAUUGAUGAUACCUAGUUUUGAUAAAGUUUGGGAAAUUGUUUAAUUUCGUCAUUUCUUAAAUGAUAUAUAUACAAAAGAAGAAUUAUAUUUUUAUCUUCAUAUAAGAUACUUGAUUAAAGGAGUGUGGAUUUAAUAGUUUGAUGCAAUAUAUGAAUUAGUUAAUUAUAUUAAAAUAGAAAAAGCUGAAACAAUCAUUUUAUUGUUUCUAAGUAAAUUAAAUAAAUAAAAUCAAAAUAUGAUUUUGAAAUCUUUAAAAUAAGCAUCUAUAAUUGUAAAUAAUAAUAUAUUGGUUUAAACUGGAUAUGUGUUAUAAUUAUUAUUAGAAAUAUUUAGAGCUGAUAGAAAUUAAAGAUAUAAACAAUUAUUUUCAGUAUUUCCAAAUCCACCAAUUACUUUUAAAAAGUUCUAAGAUUUUGUAUCAUCAAACUUUUCUUUAAGUUCUGGAUAGAUUGCUGAACUUUAUAGAGAAGUUCAUAUGAUUUCUAAAGGAUAAAUAAAUGUUAAUGCCUUUCAUGUAGCAACUUAAUUUAUAUGGAUCAAAUAAAUUAAAAAUUUGAAUUCAAAUUAAGAAUUUACUUAAGAUGAUUUAAAAUAAGAAUUAUCUUAAAUACAUGGAGAUAAUUAUACUUUAUUGUAAAAAAAGAUGGAGUAAACUUUUCAAGAAGAUAUAAUUAGAAAAAUGGAUAUAUUUUAAUAUAUUAUAAAUUUUGAAAUAUUAAAAAAUAAAGAUAGAUUAAUAAAUUUUAUGAAUCAAAUAUUGAUUGAAGAAGUUGAAUAAUAAAAAUUAGAGAAAUUUACUAAGAAUGAAUAAAUUUAAGCAAUUAUAAAGGUUUAAAAAUAUUUCAAAAGAAAGUUUUUACAUAAUUACUUAACUUUAUAUUCAAUAAUUUCAUUAAAAUUAAAGUCUGUUUAAUAAAUAGAAUGA